CCGGCCCACGUAAUGUGUUGCCGCUGCACACGCGCUCUUCACCUUCUUUGUUCAACAAAACAAAUAACCCCAAUCGUCUCCCAUUGUCCAAAUUCGCUGUUCUUUCAGUUCCAAUUCCACCACAAAGUUUGGUAAAGCCGCAAUAGUUGCUCUCAGGUCAAUCAGUGUGGGUUUGAUUUUUUAUUAAUCUUACUCCAGCUAUUAGUCUGCUAGUUGAUUUUGAUGCUGUGUUUGAAAGCUCGCCCUCUCUUUUCCUCACCAUUUCCCCUCAGUUUUUCUUCUUUCAAUCACCUGAAAAAAUCCUUCACUUUAUCCACCAGAACCUCUAAAUCCUCGACUGUCAUGUCCAUCAUUGAGCAUGUGGUUCUUUUCAAGGUCAAAGGUGACACAGAACAGGAAAAGGUCAACGCGAUGCUUAAUAACCUCAAUGGUUUGGUCUCUCUGGAUCCUGUCCUGCACCUUACUGCUGGUCCCGUCCGUCGUAUCAAAUCUCCUAUCUUGAAUUUCACCCACAUGCUCCAUAGCCGGUACAAGUCUAAAGAAGAUUUGAACACAUAUUCCGCACAUCCCGAACACCAGCGUGUUGUCAAGGAAAACGUCAUCCCCAUCUGUGAUGAUAUAAUGGCUGUUGAUUGGGUUGCCGAUAAUGAUCCCACCCCGCUGUCCCCGCCCCCUGGUUCUGCCUUCAAAGUAACCUUCUUGAAACUCAAAGAGAGUGUUAGCAAUGAAGUGCAAGGUGGGAUUCUAGGGGAAAUUAAAGAGGUGAAGGAGGGGAUCUCUGGUAUUCAACAGAUGACUUGCGGAGAGAAUUUCUCACCUGCAAGAGCAAAGGGCUUUUCACUUGCCUCGGUCGCUGUUUUUGGUGGAGUUGGAGAAAUGGAGGCAGCAGUGGGAAAUGAAGAGUAUGUGAACCUACAGAAGCAAAAGGUUAGGGACAAUGUGGAUGGUGUCAUUGUUGUUGAUUAUGUGGUGCCAGCUUCUUCACCAUAGAUUGUUAACUAAAAGAAAGAUCUUGGUUCUUGAAUGAUGGAAGCUUUGGAUCAAUAUUUAAACAUUGAAUAAUACUUGUGAGACAGAUUGAACUUGGAAGCAAGGUUUAGCUUUGUGUAUCUUGAAUGCACAUCUUUUAUUUUGAA